AUGAAGAUCAAAGCUCUUUCCCGAUCGUCUGCCUCGCAGCAGACACCCGGUACAGCUGUGGUUCGGCAACCUCGAAAUCUAGACCCGUCCCAGCAUCCAUUCGAGCGUGCGCGCGAGUAUACAAGAGCUCUCAAUGCUGUAAAAAUGGAGCGUCUUUUCGCUGCCCCCUUCUUGGGCCAGAUGGGCGAAGGUCAUGUCGAUGGUGUUUACACAAUGGCCAAGGACCCUGGUUCGUUGGAUCGAUUUGCUAGUGGGAGUGGUGAUGGUGUGGUCAAGGUCUGGGACCUUACAACACAAGGCGAGGUUUGGGACAACACGGCGCACGAGAAUAUCGUCAAGGGGGUAUGCUGGACGCCGGAUCGGAAACUGCUUUCUUGCGCUGCCGAUAAGACGAUUAAACUAUUUGACCCAUAUAACUCCUCCUCCGAAGCUCCCCCUCUCGCAACAUAUCUCGGCCAAGGCGCUUUCACUAGUCUCACACACCACCGUGACCAACCGUUUUUCGCUGCAUCAUCAUCUCAAAUCUCGAUCUACGACCUUUCGCGACCCUCCUCGACACCCUCUCAAACCCUUCACUGGCCGACCAGCGUUGACACGAUUACAUCAGUCGCCUUCAAUCAAACUGAGACCUCGGUCCUUGCGUCGACUGCGAUCGACCGCUCUGUCAUUCUUUAUGAUCUCCGCACCUCGUCUCCUCUAUCUAAACUGGUGCUGAGAUUAGCAUCAAACGCUAUUUCCUGGAAUCCAAUGGAAGCGUUCAACUUCGCAGUUGCCAACGAAGACCAUAAUGUCUAUAUGUUCGAUAUGAGGAAGAUGGAUCGUGCUCUGAAUGUUCUCAAAGACCAUGUCGCUGCAGUUAUGGAUGUGGAUUUCAGUCCGACGGGCGAAGAGCUUGUUUCAGCCUCGUACGACAGGACGAUUCGCUUGUGGAACAGGGCAACUGGUCAUUCGCGUGACAUUUACCACACGCAGAGAAUGCAACGUGUGUUUUCGACCAAGUUUACUCCCGAUAAUAAAUACGUUCUAUCUGGUUCGGAUGAUGGUAACAUCCGAUUAUGGCGUGCCAACGCAUCCGACCGCAGUGGGAUUAAGAGCGCCCGCCAGAGAACAAAAUUGGAAUACGACCAAGCCCUUGUCCAGAGGUACUCCCAUAUGCCAGAGAUCAAACGGAUCAAACGCCAGCGCCACGUUCCUCGACCUAUCAAGAAGGCUCGUGAGAUUAAGACUGAGGAGCUUGCGGCUAUUAAGAGACGCGAGGAGAACAUCCGGAAGCAUGCUAAGAAGAGCACUCUGCGUGCGAGACAGAGCGAGCGUGAAAAGAUGAUUCUAACACGGGAGAAAUAG